UCCUUUCAACUCCUCUUUGUGCCAAUAAAACUCCAAAAUAAUUAUUGUUUCGAGCGAUCGAAUUUCAGGAACUCGUCGUAUUUUGCUCGAGACUUUGCCACUCGCUUCAGGUCCUUUACGGUGUUCGAUCGACAAGCUGUUGGAGCUUCAAACCAAGACCGACCCUUCUCCUACACGCUCCUCACAAUGCCUCCGAAGAAGGCUUCAAGACCUUCUGGUGCGGGUCGAGGCCGCCCGUCACGGACGAGCGAUGUUCAAGCUGGCGAUCCCGUUCCCGUUCGCGCAAAGCGUCGCUACCGUCCUGGCACCGUCGCCCUCCGCGAAAUCCGACAUUACCAGAGCAAUGCAAAGCUCCUCCUCCGAAAACUACCUUUUGCGCGCCUAGUUCGAGAAAUCGCUUUAACCGUACGACCGCGAGGCGAGGGUAUGCGCUGGCAAAGCCAAGCCAUCAUGGCCCUCCAAGAAGCUGCCGAGGCCUACAUGGUGCACUUGUUCGAGGACACAAACCUAUGCGCCAUCCACGCGAAGCGCGUGACCAUUAUGCAGAAGGACAUCCAGUUGGCGAGACGGAUACGCGGUAUCUGGGGCGGUCUGGGUUAA